AUGAAUAUUAAUUUUAAAGAAGAACUUAAAACAACAUUAACAAAUUGUGAAGAUCCAUUUCGUGCUAUAAAAGAUAUACAAGAUGAAAAUGGUAUUGCAUUAACACAAAUAAGACCAGCUUUACCAUUACUUGAUUUACUUGAAGUUAAACGAUUAGAUUUUCAUCUUGCUGUUCUUGAUGAUAUGAAAGAUAGAUUAAUAAAACGUAUACAAGAAUUAGCACAACAUGAUGAUAAAGAACAAUUAGAAACUUUAUUAGAAAAAAGUUUUGCAGUUAUUAAUUUAACACAUGUUACACCAAUUGUUAUGGAAAUUGUUAAACAUAUGCCAAAAAUACCGGAUAAAUAUGUGAAAUAUAUAAUUGAACAUGAACAAAUCUAUUCUCGUGCACCAAUUGAAUUAAAACGUUUAAUAUGGACAGAUAAUCAUACAUUAUUUCAAAAAGAACUUCAACCAAUUAUAUCACAAUAUUUAACAAAUGUUGAAGAACAAUUAUUACAAUGUGAUCAUAAUUAUUUUCUUCAAUUACCUAAACAACGUCGACAAACAUCACCAACAAUACAAUCACUUGUUCAUAUGAUUGGAACAAAUAUUAAAUUAUAUGAUAUUGUACGAACAAGUUUACAAAAAUUAUUUCAACGUACUAAAAUUGUUCAUUAUUCAUCAUUACGUUUAUUAUUAUUAAUGGCAUUUCAUGAUUUAGAAAAUAAUAUUGUUUCAAAAUCAGAUUCUAUACAUAUAUUUGUUUGGACACUUGAUGCAGCAUUAAAAGAAAGAAAAUUAGAUUUAAAAAAACAACGAGAAAUUGAACAAUUUUUAGAUGCACAUGCACGUGAUACAGAUAUUAUUAAUAAACAUAUACCAUUUGUACUUGCUGAUCCAAAUAUUGUUUCAAUAUUAGCUAAAUCAUGUAUUUUAUUACUACAUAAACAGGUUGAUGACGAAAUUCCUUUACCACGUUCGAAUAAAGAAUUACAAUUUCUUCUUAAAUUACUUAAUAUGGGUUUAUAUGCAUGGGAUGUCCUUGAUGGUUCAAUGUCAUAUCAUGAUCCAAUUGAUUCAAAAUUAUUAACACAUUAUUUACCAUUUCUUAUACGUUUAAUAGUUGAAAAUCGUUUAAAUACAGAUACAUCAUCAUCAUCAAUAUCAAAAACAUUAUUACCUCAAAUAGAAUUUGUUCAAUAUAUGAUAAAUAAUCGUUUAGCAUGUCAAUUAUUUCUUCGUUUUAUUAUUGAAACAUAUCAUCAAAAACAAUUUUGGUUAGCAACACAAUUAAUACCAUAUUUAAAUGAACUUGUUGAAUAUGGUUCAGCUGAUAAAUUAUUUUUACAUCAAUUUGUUUAUUUUAUUCGACAAUCAGUUGAACAAAUACAUUAUAUUGGUAUAUUAUUAGAUAAAUUUUUUGUUUUACAAGCUCAAGGACAUGAAUUUAUAUUAUAUUAUGGUUUAAUAUUACUUAAACAUAUUUUACAUAAAUCAAAUGGUACAAAUUUAGUUAGUAAAUAUUUAUAUCAAUCACUUAAACCAACACGAGAUCAUUCAACAUUUAUACAUGAUAAAUAUCAUCAAUUAAUUCGUGAUUAUGAUGAAUGUUUACGACAAAUUCAAACACGUGAACAAACACAACAACAAGUAUCAACAGAUAAACAAAAUUCAUUUUCAAUUUUUCAUUAA